AUGUUUUCUUUAUAUCUUUUUUUCCUUUCAUUCAUUCCCCAUUUUAUUUUAUUUUUCUUUCUUUUUUCUUGUCUUUAUCCAUUUUUGUUUGACUCUUCUUUUCUACACUUCUUUCAUUCUUUGAAGAAAAAAUCUUUUUCUUUUUCUAUUUCAUUCUUUUUCUUAUCAUUAUUUGUUUUUUUUCUCUUUUUCUUACUUAUCCUUGAUUUUCUUUAUAUUGCCAUCUUUUUUUUCUUUCCCUCUCAUUCCUUCUUUCUUUCAGCCUUUACAUCUUUUGGCUUCUCUUUUCAGCCCUUUUUUCUUUUUAAUAUUAACCUUUCUUUCCUAUUUUUAUUUUACUCUCACAUCUUUCUUUCUAUUCUCUUAUUUCCUUUCAUUCAUUCCUUAUUUUUCUUUUAUAUUUUCUCUGCUUCAUUUUCCCUUUCUUUCUUGUCUUUUCUCUCAUUGUCUUUAUCUUUACACUUCUCUUCCAUUUUCCUUUUACUUACUCUUUUUCUCUCUUUCCUCUCUUGCUGUUUAACUACUCCCCAAACAAUUCCUGUGGUUUAUCUUGAGGGUAUGCAUAGGGAGCAGGCUUUUUAUCUUGGUCUAUAG